GAGUCCUGGUGGGUCAGGCUGCAUUGUGAUAGCGACAGAUGUCCUCGGAGCCAGCCACACUGCACCCUCCUCGCACUCGCACUCGCACAGCAAGAGCGGAAUCCGCCCGCAGCUGUCACUUGCAAGGCUUUCACCUCCAUUAGCACAUUCAAGCGGAGCCUGGAGAGCAACUGAUCACUCUCUUCGCAUACAGGUGACACCAUGGGAGGGAAACUGAGCAAGAAGAAGAAGGCUUACGAUGUGAGCGAUCCCAAAGAAAAAAAAGACGAGGCCGCGACACCGGUUGCAAGCGCCGACGAGUCCGGCAAAGGGGAGGAUGCGGCGCCGCCCGCAGAAGCUCAAUCAACCAACGCGGAAGACCAAGCCGUCGGUUCGGACGUGGCGGCGGUAACCGAAGCGGCCCAGCCGAAUUCCGCUGCACCUGAAGAGCAAGCGCCAGUAGCAGAAGAACCGGCCGCAGUGAAGGAAGAAUCGGUUCCGGAUGAAGCAGUCGUAGUCAAUGAAGAAGCAGCUCCUGUUCCAGAACAGGUCAAGCAAGAAGUCGCUCCAGAACCAGAGCCCGUUGUAGUCAAAGAAGAAGCGGCUCCAGUUCCAGAGGAACAAGCAGCGUCACAGGAACCACAUGAGGCACCAAAAGAAGAGGCUUCAAAAACAGAGGAAUCGGGUGACAUCAAAGUGGAGACAGCUCCAGUUGAAGAGCAAGCGGCUGCAGUCCAAGAAGAACCCACUGCAGCACCAGAGGAGGUGGUUCCAGUUCUAGAAGAACCAUUCCCCGAAGAUGUCAAAGAUGUCGUACCAAGCGAGGCAGAACUCGAGUCUGCGGCUGCACCUCAACCCGUUGAAGAACCUUCUCCAGUUAAAGAAACCAAGACCGAAGUAGAGGUUGUUCCCGCCAGUCCCGAGGAGCCACUCAAAGAGCCAGAACCUGUUCCGGUGACUCUUAUUGAGACUGAGGAGAUUUUGGAGGAGCCAGCCCAACCUGUGUCCGCUCAAGAACUUGCAACAACAGCUGAGCCACUAAUAGACCAAGAGACAAUUUCAGAGCCUAAAGCAGAGCAGGUAACAGAGCCUGAGCCAGAGAAAGAACCAGAACCAGAACAGGAAGUCGACACACAGGAACCCCAAGGCCAAGAAGCCGAGCCCGAUGCGACCGAUGACAGCGCAGAACCCGAGACUGCCGAUGUCGAGGAAACCCGGGAAACUUGUCCGCUUGCAAACCAUGAACCCGUUGGAGCAGAUGCGGCAGAACUUGCAGAAUCUGAACCUUCUGCAGAAGAAGAUGUGCCUUGCCCAGAAAGUGCGGUCCAAACAAAGAUGGAAAACGGUGAUCCGGAGGACGCGGUGGAAGAACCCGCUCCGCCAGCCGUGAACGGCGACUGCACAGAGGCCACGCCCCCCGAGGAAUGCCUUAACGGCCUGGAGAAGUCCCCUGUCAAGAAGCUGAGUGACUUUGAACUGAAAAGGAACCUGAGCGGGGAUGUCCAAGAAGUCCCCGAGGCUCUCGCCGACGUGACGGAGGCGCUGAGUACCGAGGUCACGCAGGAAGUCUGAGCUUUCGACGUCAUGUGAAUGUUGACAGAUCCUCCGAUGAUGUCACAAAAGGUGUCAAGGAACCGCGAGAGUUUCACAAAAGCCAAAAUGGCGCUUGUGUUUUUCAUGCUAACUCAGGCAAUUUUGUUUUGAGUUUAAAAAAAA